AUGGAUGAGCGACGUAAAAGUGGUCGCUAUAGACGCCGACGUACAACACCGGCGCAACGAGAAGCCGCAAAUGAGCGCGAACGCCGCCGAAUGGCAAACAUCGGUGUAGCGUUCAAAGUACUCAGAUCACAUAUACCAACAUUUGUUUACGAGCGAUCAUUGACACGUAUCGAAACUUUAAAAAUGGCAAUCGACUAUAUAUAUUUUAUGAAAUAUGAACUACUUACACUACCGGUCGAUGUCGCCCAACAGCUGUAUGGUAACGGCAGUUCAACAACCGAUUGUUUGUAA